AUGCACGACAUCGAUGUGGAGAAUAACCCGCUGCUUACCGCUGCCAAAUCGCAAAAUGCGAAAACGGUCGUUUCUUCCGUAGCCCAGAAAAGACUUCUCCUGGUCAAAUGCUUCACCGCCGUGAUUUCCUGUUAUCUUGUUUACGGAGUUUGCCACGAGUCCAUCACUAGACAGCUCUACGAAGGAGAACGGUUUACGUUCACGCUGUGGCUGAUUUCCGUGCAGACACUGACCAACAUGACAGUCGCCUCGAUCAUUGUACAGCUCUCUUCCCGACCCGGCGAAGUCGAUAAGACUCCCUUCAAAUACUACUUUGCCUGCGCGUUAUUCUUCUGCGGUGCGAUCUUCGGCUCAAACCAAGCUCUUCAAUAUCUAAGCUACCCCAGCCAGGUCGUCGGCAAGGCAUGCAAACCAAUUCCUGUGCUUAUCUUGUCAGGGCUUGUGGGCCGGAAGAGUUACAAUUAUGUGAAGUACCUCUGCGUUCUUACGUUAGUCUUGGGAAUCACCAUGUUUCUGUACCACCCGACGGACGAGACCGUUCAAAAGCAAGGCGUCGGCCAUGGGCUGUUGAUCUUCUCGCUUAUCUGUGAUGGUCUCUGUGGUGGAAUGCAGGAAAAGGUGCGCUCGAAAUUCUGCCCGAACGAGAAUCACAUGAUGCUCUGGACGAACUUGUGCUCUUUUCUCAUUCUGUUUCCGUUUUGCUUCUUGAGUGGCGACUUUUUCGGCGGCAACGCGUUCAUUCCGCGCCAUCCCGAAAUACUCCCGCGCAUUCUAGCGUUUUGCAUUUGCUCCGUCGCCGGUCAAUACUUCAUCUUCCUGACGAUCAAGCAUUUCGGCCCGCUGACCGUUUCGAUCAUUACGACCUGCAGGAAAUUCUUCUCCGUCCUGUUUUCUGUUUUGAUCUUCGGCAACGUGCUCACCGUUCAGCAAUGGAUAGGAGCGAUUAUCGUGUUCACCGGACUAAUUGUUGAUAUUUAUUUCGGCGAACACUGA